AAAUACAGAUUCAAUAGAAACACAGUGAUCACAGUUCACACCUGCAGUGAAGCUCCUCCCACAACAAUUCACCAAUAAAUACUGGGAAUAUUCACAUCAUCCUACAAGAGAAGGACAAACUCCAGGUGUAGCAGCUGAAAUCUGUGUGACUGUUAAAGAUGGAGUUUAUUAAAGAGGAGAUUGAAGACAUGAGUGAUCCAGAACCAUCCAGAAUAAAACAUGAAGAAACUGAGGAACAAAUAGAUGUGGUCCUGUGGGCGUCAGUAUCACACAGUGAUCACAGUUCACACCUGCAGUGAAGCUCCUCCCACAACAAUUCACCAAUAAAUACUGGGAAUAUUCACAUCAUCCUACAAGAGAAGGACAAACUCCAGGUGGAGCAGCUGAAAUCUGUGAGACUGUUAAAGAUGGAGUUUAUUAAAGAGGAGAUUGAAGACAUGAGUGAUCCAGAACCAUCCAGAAUAAAACAUGAAGAAACUGAGGAACAAAUAGAUGUGGUCCUGUGGGCGUCAGUAUCACACAGUGAUCACAGUUCACACCUGCAGUGAAGCUCCUCCCACAACAAUUCACCAAUAAAUACUGGGAAUAUUCACAUCAUCCUACAAGAGAAGGACAAACUCCAGGUGUAGCAGCUGAAAUCUGUGUGACUGUUAAAGAUGGAGUUUAUUAAAGAGGAGAUUGAAGACAUGAGUGAUCCAGAACCAUCCAGAAUAAAACAUGAAGAUACUGAGGAACAAACAGACUGGAUGGAGAUGAAACCGAAAAAACAUGAACUGAAUGAAACGGACGAGGAACAGCAGAGCAUCAAAACUCAAAGAACAAAAUCCAAAAAGGCAUACACCUGCUCUCAGUGUGGAAAGAGUUUCAGUCUAAAAGCAAACCUAAAGACACACUUAAGAAUUCACACUGGAGAGAAACCGUAUACAUGCACUCAGUGUGGGAAGAGUUUUUCUGAAGCAUCUGGUCUCAGACAUCAUCUGCUCCGUCACUCUGGAGAAAAACCAUUUAACUGUGAUCAGUGUGGUAAAGAUUUUAAUUCGUCAUCAAAUCUAAAACAACACCUGAAAGUUCAUUCAGGUGAGAAGCCUUAUGUGUGUUCUCUCUGUGGAAAGAGUUUUUCAUGGCUGUACAGUUUUAAACAACACCAGAAAACUCAUAAUGAAGUGAGAGAUCAUGUGUGUUGUGACUGUGGGAAGAGCUUUACUGCCCCCGCCCAACUGAAACGGCACCAAAGAAUUCAUACUGGAGAAAAACCUUACAAGUGUUCAUAUUGUGACAAGAGUUUCACUCUGACUGGAAACCUGAAAUCACAUGAGCGAGUUCAUACUGGAGAGAAGCCGUACCACUGUACUCAGUGUGAGAAGAGUUUUUCUCGUACAUCAGAUCUCAGACAUCAUCUGCGCAUUCACUCUGGAGAAAAGCCAUUUAACUGUAAUCAGUGUGGUAAAAAGUUCAUUUCGUCAUCACAUCUAAACAAACACCUGAAAGUUCAUUCAGAUGAGAAGCCUUAUGUGUGUUCUUUCUGCGGAAAGUGUUUUUUAUUGCUGAACAGUUAUAAACAGCACCAGAAAACACAUAAUAAAGUAAGAGAUCAUGUGUGUUGUGACUGUGGGAAGAGCUUAACUACAACUGCCCAACUGAAACGGCACCAAAGAAUUCAUACUGGAGAAAAACCUUACAAGUGCUCAUCUUGUGACAAGAGUUUUGCUCAGUUUGGAAACCUUAAAUCACAUGAGCGACUUCAUACUGGAGAGAAGCCGUACCACUGUACUCAGUGUGAGAAGAGUUUUAGACGUUUAUCAAGCCUUCACACUCAUAUGAAUAUACACCGAUCAGGCAUAACAUUAUGAUCACCUUCCUAAUAUUGUGUUGGUCCCCCUUUUGCUGCCAAAACAGCCCUGACCCGCUGAGGCAUGGACUCCACUAGACCCCUGAAGGUGUGCUGUGGUAUCUGACACCAAGAUGUUAGCAGCAGAUCCUUUAAGUCCUGUAAGUUGCGAGGUGGAGCCUCCAUGGAUCGGACUUGUUUGUUCAGCACAUCCCACAGAUGCUCGAUUGGAUUGAGAUCUGGGGAAUUUGGAGGCCAAGUCAACACCUCAAACUCGUUUUGUGGCACCAUUUCUGUUUUGUGGCAGGGCACAUUAUCCUGCUGAAAGAGGGCACAG